CAAGCCAACUCUUAACCAACGCGCCACUCUGCCGGCCCCAGAAAGGUGCUCUUGGAGACCACCACCAAGUUGACAUUAGACUCAAAAGUAGGACCCGCUAUCUUUGGCCAUUCACUAAUAACGCCGUAUUGAGAGCCUACUGUGUGCCAGCCACUGUGCUGGCGGCUAGGACCUCGGGGCCUUGCUCUCACCGUUGCUUGUCGUUGCUAGUAGAGUGGGGCUGGGAGUCGCCGGAGAAGGGCUGGGGCGGUCCCUUUAAAAGACGGAGCCUGAUGAGCGGAACUGCGGAGCACUGUUGCGAGGCGCGCCCGGAAGGCCGAAAACGCUACACCCGGAAGUGUCUUAAGCUAGCGGGAGACGCACCGCCCCGGCCUCAUCGUUAUGGGCCGCAACAAGAAGAAGCGAGAUGGCGACAACAGGCGGCCGCGGCUCGUCCUCAGCUUCGACGAGGAGAAGCGGCGGGAGUACCUGACAGGCUUCCACAAGCGGAAGGUGGAGCGGAAGAAGGCAGCCAUUGAGGAGAUCAAGCAGCGGCUCAAGAAGGAGCAGAAGAAGCUCCGGGAGGAGCGCCACCAAGAAUACUUGAACAUGCUGGCAGAGAGAGAGGAGGCGCUGGAGGAGGCAGAUGAACUGGACCGGCUGGUGACAGCAAAGACAGAAACAGUGCAGUACGACCACCCCAACCACACUGUCACCGUGACCACCAUCAGCGACCUGGACCUCUCGGGUUCCCGGCUGCUCGGACUGCCCCAGCUUGAGCAAGGGACCAGGCACGGGUCUGAGGAGGAGGUGUCAUCCAUGGAGAAGCCAACCAGAGCCUUACCGAGGAAGUCCAAAGACCCCCUGCUAUCCCAGCGAAUCUCCUCUCUCACGGCAUCGUUGCAUGCACACAAUCGCAAAAGGGUCAAGAGGAAACAUCCCCGACGGAUGCAGGACUCCAACAAGAAGCCCCCGAGUGCCACUCGUACCAGCAAGACCCAGCGCCGCCGGCUGACUGGCAGAGCCGGGCACAAUGGAGAGUGAGCUCAAGAAGCAGACCAGGCCCCAGCCUAGGCUGCAAGGACCUGUCCUGUCUGCUUGGCUGUCCCCAUAACCCAGCCUGCACCGAGGUGGGAGACCAGCACUUCUCUGGCCUGGGGCUUGGACUCCAGAAGGAGCAGGCAGCUGAGAACCGGCCUUUCUCAGGAAGAACCCUCAGGACCAAAUUUGGAGCAUCCUCCCAAAUAUAUACCUUACCGGCCCUUCAUCAGAUUUGUGAAA